ACAACAAAUUGCAAUGGAACCCUCAACUCUUGAAGUACCAGCAGACACAGUACAACGCAUUGCAUCUCAACUCAGAUGUCACCCUACAGAUGAGAGAGUUGCUCUACACCUUGAUGAAGAAGACAAGCUGAAACACUUCAGGGAGUGCUUUUACAUCCCCAAAAUGCGGGAUCUGCCUCCAAUUGAUUUAUCUUUAGUGAAUAAGGAUGAAAAUGCCAUCUAUUUCUUGGGAAAUUCUCUUGGCCUCCAACCAAAAAUGGUUAAAACAUAUCUGGAAGAAGAACUAGAUAAGUGGGCCAAAAUGGGAGGCUAUGGUCAUGAUGUAGGAAAACGUCCUUGGAUUAUAGGUGAUGAGAGUAUCGUAGGCCUUAUGACUGAUAUUGUAGGAGCCAAUGAGAAAGAAAUAGUUCUAAUGAAUGGUUUGACGGUUAAUUUACAUCUUCUACUGUUAUCAUUUUUCAAGCCCACAUCAAAACGAUAUAAAAUUCUUCUAGAAGCCAAAGCCUUUCCUUCAGAUCAUUAUGCUAUUGAGUCACAGCUUCAAUUUCAUGGACUUAAUGUUGAGACGUGCAUGCGGAUUAUAAAGCCAAGAGAGGGGGAAGAAACAUUGAGAAUGGAGGAUAUCCUUGAAGUAAUUGAGAAGGAAGGAGACACAAUUGCAGUGAUUCUUUUCAGUGGGGUGCAUUUCUACACUGGCCAGCUCUUUAAUAUGCCAGCCAUCACAAAAGCUGGGCAAGCAAAGGGUUGUUUUGUGGGCUUUGAUCUAGCACAUGCUGUUGGAAAUGUUGAACUCCACUUACAUGACUGGGGAGUUGAUUUUGCCUGCUGGUGUUCCUACAAGUAUCUAAAUUCAGGGGCAGGAGGUCUUGCUGGUGCCUUUGUCCAUGGAAAACACGCUCGGACAAUAAGACCUGCGAUAGUUUCUUGGUUUGGCCAUGAACUCAACACCAGAUUUAAAAUGGAUAACAAACUCCAGUUAAUCCCCGGGGCCAGUGGAUUCCGAAUUUCUAAUCCUCCCAUUUUGUUGGUUUGCUCCUUACAUGCUAGUUUAGAGAUCUUUAAACAAGCAACUGUUAAAGCAUUGAGGAGAAAAUCUAUUUUGCUAACUGGUUACUUGGAGUACAUGAUCAAGCAUUACUAUAAUAAAGAUAAUGCAGAAAGCAAGAGACCACUUAUGAACAUAAUUACUCCAUCUCAUAUAGAAGAAAGAGGUUGCCAGCUAACCUUAACAUUUUCUGCACCAAUGAAUUAUGUUUAUAAAGAACUAGAAAAAAGAGGAGUGGUGUGUGACAAGCGGGAACCAAAUGGCAUUCGAGUGGCUCCAGUUCCUCUCUACAAUUCUUUCCAUGAUGUUUAUAAAUUUGUUCAUUUGCUCAUUUCUGUGCUUGACUCUGCAGAGACCAAAAAUUAG